AUGUAUGCUACAGGUGAUGAAAGAUGUCCUGUUGCUCUGUUCAAUGAGUACUUGUCUCGGCGACCAGCAGCACUCCAAAAUUCCGGCCCGUUUUACCUUUCGUUAAAGUACAAGUCCAACAACAACACUUGGUACAAAGCUCAACCCAUGGGCACAAAUCGCAUCAACGAAAUGAUGGAAAGGAUUGUCCAGGGAACACAACUUGAGCAUCAACAACAAAAGAAAUUGACAAACCACAGUGCUCGUAAGACGGUAGUCAACAAAUUGAAAAAGAACAACGUUGAGCGUUCCUCGAUCGUGAAAGUAACUGGUCACCGCAACUUGCAAUCGCUCGACGAUUAUGAUGGAGACGAACAAGAACAGCAGCAAAUGUCUUCCAGGAUAUCAUGGAGAAAUAGUCCACAACGAUGGGGCAUGCACUUCAAGCCUGGCAAAAGUGGCAAUGCAACAACAGCAAGCCUUUCUUGCUGA